UAGGGUUCAGUAAAUACUGAUGAUGUCAUCAUCUGAAGAUGGCUGAAGGAGAAGGCUGGUGGGGAGGCUGGCUUCAGCAGAGCUUCCAGGCCGUAAAAGAAAAGUCAACUGAGGCUUUAGAAUUCAUUAAGCGAGACCUGACUGAGUUCUCCACUGUGGUGCAACAUGACACAACCUGCUCAUUUGUGGCUACAGCCACUGCUGUCCGAAACAAGCUUGCGGUGGAAGGUUCCUCUGAGACUUCAGAAAAGGUGAAGAAGAGCCUCUCUAGUUUCUUAGGGGUGAUAACAGACACGCUUGCUCCACCACCGGAUAAAACCAUUGAUUGUGAUGUAAUCACAUUGAUGGCAACUCCAUCUGGAACUACAGAGGUCUACGACAGUUGUAAGGCGCGUCUCUACAGUUUGCAAGCUGACCCCGCUACAUACUGCAAUGAACCUGAUGGUCCCCCAGAGCAGUUUGACAACUGGCUGUGCAGCUUCAGUUUGGAGGAUAAGAAAGGAGAGAUCUCCGAGCAUCUGGUCAGCAGUCCCUCAAUACGAGCGCUUUACACCAAAAUGGUGCCAGCGGCUGUAGCCCAUUCAGAAUUCUGGCAGAGGUAUUUCUACAGAGUCUUCCAGUUGGACCAGGAGGAGGCAAGGAGAGUGGCCUUGAAGCAGAGGGCGGAGCAGAGCACACACACAGAGAGCCUGGGCUGGGAGGAGGAGGAAGAGGACGACUUCCUCGGCGCCACAUCAUCAUCUCAUCUCGACUUCACCCCACCUCUGGACCACAGCUUCACUCAUCUGCCCGCCACCUCCACACCUCCCACAGGAUCAUUUUUGCUGAGCCCCGUUAUGUCUCCCAGCGAGGAGCGUGACACCACCCUCUCGGUCAGCAGCGACAGCGUCAGCCUGCCGACCCAGGUGGAGGUGCGGCCAGAGCCCGUUGCCGCGGAGCUGUCAGAGAAACUAACAGAAGCUAGCUUAGAAGACGCUACGGACAAGACACAAGAAGAGCAGAGGCCCGGAAAGAGUGACUUACCUCCUGAGGCUCCAGUGGAGGCUGUUACUCAGCCAGAGGUCCGUGUUGAUGAGGCGUCAGUCCCGGCUCCUGCCCCCCCCCCUAAACCAGAAGCAGCAAAGGAAGAAGGGCCACAGGACCUGAGAGUCUUCGAGCUCAACUCUGACAGUGGGAAAUCUACGCCCUCUAACAACGGCAAGAAAGGGUCCAGCACGGACGUGAGUGAGGACUGGGAGAAAGACUUCGACCUGGACAUGACUGAAGAAGAAGUGCAAAUGGCGCUCUCUAAAAUAGAAGCUUCUGGAGAGGUGGAUGAAGACUGGGAGAACUGGGAAUGAAAGCCACAGCAACACGAACUCUGUCCCGCCAUUAAAGCUAGUUCUCGGCAGAUGAACCAUGCUAACGUGUUUUAACUCUUUGUCCACACUGUCACCAUGUCAUGAUUGUCAGUAGGGGAUUUUCUGGCGGGUUUGGACUAUUAGGUAAACCCGUUAAAAAGAGCAACGGGAAAGACCAAGGCAAUAAGAAUUACAACGCUCUGUCAGCUGUCCUGUUAGUGCAGAAAGCUAGCGUGGGUAAUGACUCAGGUCUUGGCUAAUUUCUUUGAUUAACUUCUGUCUUAGAAACACAUGACACUAGUCACUACCUGUUUGAAACCCUAAUGACGGUGACAGGUCAGAAAGGAAUCACCGCAGCAGGGGAAGGAGCUAUCUCCCCUUUUUUCUCUUUAUGCCAUAAAUAAAUCCAGUAUGUCGCGAGUGCAUUGCAAGUUGAGCAAUGCCUCUAAACGGCUGUAAAAUCACCAUAAACGAUAAAGCUGCUUGUCUCCCCUAAGAUGAAUGAUGAUGAUCGAUUCACCCCGUGUCCCUUUCUUUCUUUCUCAUCUUUAUUAUGCAAGUGCGUAAUCAAAAUAGAAAGAAAAAAUAUUUUGGCCUUCAUUCAUAGAGCACUUUGAAUUCUCUGGAAGAACUCCCAAAUCUAAAUAUAUGGCCUUGUAAACCCACACAUUAGUGUGAUACGUUAUCCAAAUAUGUUUCUUUGUUGCAAGUCAGUCACCUGAAACCCAACCAGCUAAUGUGUCAUCAUGAGUUCUUUCCUGUCAGUCAUAUCUUGUUAUUCAUUUGAAUUGAUAAGCUUGUUGCAGCCUGUAAUUCUGUCACUUUAUGAGUUGUGUGUUAUUUGGGUAGAGGGAAUCAUUAAUGACUUGUUAAAGAGAUAUUUGACUUAAAGAAGAGACUUCAAACUAAUGUUAUGAAACCGGAUGUUCUGGCUUGAAAUGGAGGGUAGCAUCUGUUGUUAUUUACUCGUAUAGGAUCAUAUGACAAAUCAUUGAAUUUAAGUGUUUCUCUGGAGCUAAGUGGCUCAGCAGGAAGUGUGCCAACGCGAGACGUGAGCACGCUCCAUGCUUUCCGGAGUUCCUUUCCCAUCAUCUGUAAUGUAAUCGAGAAGAAUAAUCCUAGAGAUUUAAUAUUUAUACUAAAAAAAUAAAUGCUUAACUAUUGUAUAAUGUGCUUUGGAUAGCAUGUCUGUGCAAUAACAUGCAAAACAUUGUGCAGAUAGUUACCGUUGAGUUGUAUUUCUUUUCUUUUUGGUAAAGACAUUGGCUGUUAUUCAGGUCUUUGUGUUCUGACAAUGUGUUGCAUGUCUCUUCUGUGUAUGUCCUUCAGAUUUACUCUUGAAACAAAUGAAAGUGGUUCUACACACAUCUGUUUUCAAAGCUGUCAAGUUCUUUCUUAUUUUGAGUCACUAUAUUUUCUCUAAUGAUCGUUGUCAUUAAAGGAUUCAUGGCUAA